AAAACAAAUGAUAAUGAUGAUGAUGUUAACAUAUCGUCUGAUUAUAGCCAUUGUUUUUAUAUUGUUUCUAUAUAUUUUAAUAAAAAUAUUCAAAUACAUUAGAUAUCAAUAUCAAAUGUAUUUACAAUUGAAACAAAUUCCCGGACCAAAUUCAUCAAUAUUAUUCAAUAAAGAAUUUCAUAAACUUUUAACAUCCAAACAACCAUUUCAUGAUAUUUAUCAUAUAAUCAAUCGUAUGUCGGAUGAAUACGGUCAGGAUGGAUUAUUUUGUUUAAUACGUACACCAAUACAGCAUUUAAUUGUAACGGAUUUUUCAAUGGCACAAAAAUUAUUAAACAAUGAUAAUUUCCUAAAUAGAUCGAUGGAAUAUCGAUUUUUUCAUUUUCUUAUUCAGGAUAAUUUAUUUACCUGUAAUCAACGAACAUUACGACAAAACAAACGACUAUUAUUACCAUAUUUUCGUAUACAAUCAAUGAAUAAUUUUUUAGAAAAUUCAAAAAAUUUUCUAAAAUUAUUGAAUGAAAAUAUUGAUAAUUGUAUUGAUAAUAAUGAUGGUCAUUAUCCGAAUGCUGGACAAAUUAUUGAUUGUUUUAUUGUCGAUUCGAUUGGAGUAAAUUUUUUCAAUACCGAAUUCAACACCAUACGUUCGGGUUUUAAAAUGACCGAUUGGUUGGAAAUAGUCGGUGAAUUACUUUCUACUGGUUCGAUGCAAAUUUUCAAUCCAAUUUUUCUUUACAUUCCAUUUUAUAAUGUUUUAUUAUUUUUAUCGAAAAAAUUUACUCAUUUAUAUUAUCGAUUUAAAAUCGGUAUCGAUCAGAUUAUCACGGAACGUAUUGAAGCAAUCAUUCGUAAUGAUAAUGAAAAAGAGGAUUGUAAAGAACAAUCAGCUAAUAAUGAUGAGACAAUGUUAGAUCAAAUGAUACGAUCAAGAAUUAUUGAUGGAAAUAUAACCCAAAUGCAAGAAAUUCGUUCACAAGUUAAUAUAAUUUGUUUAGCCGGUUAUGAUACAUCAAAAACAUCAUUAUCAUGGUGUUUAUAUUUACUUGGACAUCAUCAAUCCAUUCAACAACGUUUAUACGAUGAAAUUCAACAAUUCAAUGAUCGAUUAAAUUCAAAUGAUGAAGAAAUUACCAUAUCGAAUAUGAAACAAUUAAAAUAUCUUGAUUGUUGUAUAUAUGAAACAUUACGUCUUUAUAAUCCAGCUAGUUUGAUUGGACGUAGUACUUGUCGAUCAAUACAAUUAUCAAAUGGCUGGCAUAUACCAAAAGGUGUUAAUAUUAUGUUUCUUUUUCGACGUAUUAAUCGUGAUCCGAAAUAUUUCCAUCAACCAGAAAUUUUUAAUCCAGAAAGAUUUCUAAUGAAUAACGAUGACAACAAUAAAGACAAUGACAAUGAUGAUCAAGGAAUCACUAUCGAUCAUAAACGUUUAACAUUUUUUCCAUUUAGUGGUGGUAUUCGUCCUUGUAUUGGCAAAGAAUAUGCAAUGAUGCAAAUGCGAUUGUUUCUUAUAAACAUUAUUGCAAUUAUACUUCAUGAAAUUCAUAAACAUCAUCAUAAUGAUCAACAUCCAAAUCUACCGCAUAAGAUUAUAAUCGAAGAAGAAGAUGACGAUAACGAUCAUGACGAUGAUGAAAUUAUUGAUGAAAUAACACCACCAAUGACUUAUAUCAAAGAACGAGAAUCAUAUGUUCAUCAUCAUCAACAACCAGAAAUUGUACAGUUUUCUCAUCAACCAAAUGGUUAUGGUACACCAAAAUCACCAAUUUUAGUACAUUUAGUUGCACCAAAUAUCCGACGUAAACAUGAUAAUGGUAUACCGGAUUUAUUAGCAAUUCUGGCACCAUUAGCAGCAAUACCAUUAAUCGGUAGUUUGGCUGUAAGUAGUUUUACAACUAUGUUAACAUUAACUGGUCUUGGACGUAGACGUAGAAAACGUAGCCUAUCGUUACAUGAUAAUGUUUUGAAUUUUUUAAAUUCUACAAUCAACGAUCAAUCAUCAUCGACAACAACAUUUGAUAAUUUUAAAAAUUUAACCAAUCAUUCAUCGAUAAAUUAUCCAUGGAAUGGUACAACAUUCAACAAUAACGAUAACAACGAUCCAAAAAAUCAAGAUAAUCAAACACGUAUUGUACCAAUAUCGGAAUUAUUUCAAUUAGAUAUUGUACAACAAUAUUUACGACAAUCCGGACGACCAGAUCAUAAUGAUGAAAUAAUUGCAAGUUAUUUAUCAUGUCGUGGUAUGUUUUCCAAUUCGAAUAAUUGUUUAGAACGUUUAGCAUGUCAUUAUGCUGAUUAUAAAAAUGGCCGUUUACGUCCAUUAGAAAGAGAUGUUGCUGCAUUAAUCAUUUAUUCAUUAUUGCGUAAUAGUCAUAUUGAUAAUCAAUUUAAACGUCGUCUUCAACGUGCUGCUCUAUUUGGUUAUGAUCAUACUACAACAUCAUCUUUUUCAUCUGGAACAUCAUCAUCGUUGAAUGAUCGAGAACCAUCUUUUGUUGCUGUUUGUGACCGUGAAUUUCCAUGUCCUAGAAAUGAAAUGCCCUGAUAAAAAUUCAAAAUUCCAAAGUAUUUCUUCAAUUGCAAUAUUCAUUCAAUCGAAAAAACGAAAACAAUUAAAAGAAAAACAAAAAAAAUCAGAAUUUCAAUGA